AUGUCAAACGACAUAGAAAUGAACACCGCACCCCCAGACCAUCGUUACGUCCACGGAGCCCGCGAGAAUCAGACCAUCACACCAGGCGUCGACAACCUAGGCCCUGGCUCACCGGGCGGUGGAAUCAGCGGAAUCGCACUAGGAAUCGCCAAUACACACAGUCGCCAAAGCGGCAUCGACGCAUCUCGAGGCAUAAACGACGGAUACACCGGACCCGCUGAGCGCGAUUACAACACAACAGGCUCAGAUACACCCUACAUCCCUUCAGCAGGCUAUACCAGCGGCGACUCAUUUCGUCCCGAAUACGCCCACGCUUUGAAUAUGGCGAGAGGCAACUUGGUCGCCUCGCCAGGCAUGCAGACUCCUAGUCAAUCCUCGGUGCAUCUGAGCGAUCCUGCACACAGCACAUACCAAUACCCCGCCCCAUAUUCCGGCAUCACCGAUGGGCCGUAUCAGCGACACUCGACGGCGUACAGCAAUGGCGAAAUGUCGAAUAUUAACCCCGAGGACAUCGCCGAUGACGGGGAUGAGGAUUUCGGUCCUCGGCACAAUCGAGCUGCGCCUGCCGUGGCGGGCGCGGCUGCUGGCGCCGCUGGUGGAGGUAUCCUGAAAGGAUUCCUGGGUCGCGAGAAGAACGCUGAUGUCGCGUAUAACUCGGUUCCCGGUGGUGGGCUGGAGGGCGGUGGUGAUGGGGCGUCGGUGAGAUCCGCAGGUAAUGGGAUGGAGGGGCGCAAGAAGAUGGGCUGGAUUGUCGGUCUUGUUCUUGCGUUUGUGAUUGUGGGUGCGAUCGUCGGUGGUGCGGUGGGUGGUACGAUUGGAAGUCGGCACAAGGAGGACAAGUCUAAGACUGCCGGCGGAGAAGAAACUGCCACGGGUGAUUCCAAGACCAAUGGUGACCUCGAUAAGAAUUCGGCCGAAAUCAAGGCCCUGAUGGGCAACGAGGAUCUUCACAAGGUCUUCCCCGGAAUGGACUAUACGCCGUGGGGCGUGCAGUACCCCGAUUGUGUCAAGUGGCCGCCGUCCCAGAACAAUGUCACUCGUGACAUGGCUGUUCUGUCGCAAUUGACCAAUACAGUGCGGCUUUACGGUACCGACUGUAAUCAGACUGAGAUGGUUCUUCAUGCGAUCGACCGUCUCGAGUUGAAGGAUAUGAAACUUUGGCUCGGCGUAUGGAUUGACUCCAACACCACCUCUACAAACCGUCAGAUCAAACAGCUCUACAAAAUCCUGGAUGACACGGACACAUCCAUCUACAAAGGUGUCAUUGUUGGCAACGAAGCCCUCUACCGUGCUGGCGAUAGCAAGGCAUCUGCACAGGAAACCUUAAUCUCGUACAUCAAGGAUGUCACUAGCGAGGUCAAGAAGCGCAAGCUUAAUGAUCUAUUGAUUGCUACCUCCGACCUCGGUGAUAACUGGAAUGCGGAUUUAGUGGAUGAAGUCGAUGUUGUCAUGUCUAAUGUUCAUCCCUUCUUCGCCGGUGUCAAUGUCAACAAAGCUGUUGCUUGGACAUUGAACUUCUGGGAGACCCACGACGUCAUUUUAACCGAGGGUACGGACAAGAAGCAGGUCAUCUCAGAGGUCGGAUGGCCCAGUGGGGGUGGCAAAGACUGUGGUGAUAGCAAGGUCUGUGACGACGACACGCCCGGUGCUAUCGCCAGUAUCGAGAACAUGAACACUUUCAUGGCUGACUGGAUCUGUCCGGCGUUGGAGAAUGGAACUGAUUACUUCUGGUUCGAGGCCUUUGACGAACCAUGGAAAAUCCAGUUCAACUUGCCCGGCAAAGAGGAAUGGGAGGAUAAAUGGGGUCUGAUGGACUCCGGGCGCAAGCUCAAGAAGGGUCUCAAGAUCCCAGACUGCGGCGGCAAGACCGCCUCUUAA